GCCUGCGCGCUGCGGGACGAGAAGAGUAGGGGCGGGGGGAUGUCUGCGGGCAAGAUGGCGGCUACUGCGCCCGGUGUGGGCCGGUUGGAGGAAGAGGCGUUGCGGAGAAAGGAACGGCUGAAGGCCCUACGGGAGAAAACCGGGCGCAAGGACAAGGAAGAUGGGGAGCCAAAGACCAAGCAGCUCAGAGAAGGGGAGGAGGAAGGCGAGAAGCACAGGGAACUCAGGCUGCGGAACUAUGUCCCAGAGGAUGAGGACCUGAAGAAGAGAAGGGUGCCCCAGGCCAAGCCAGUCGCAGUGGAAGAGAAAGUGAAGGAGCAGCUGGAGGCCGCCAAGCCAGAGCCCAUCAUUGAGGAAGUGGACCUGGCCAACCUCGCACCCCGGAAGCCUGAUUGGGACCUCAAGAGAGAUGUAGCCAAGAAGCUGGAGAAGCUAGAAAAGCGGACCCAGAGGGCCAUCGCCGAGCUGAUCCGUGAGAGGCUGAAGGGCCAGGAGGACAACCUGGCCUCUGCAGUGGCGGCCACCACCACCGAGCAAGAGGCUGGUGACUCCGACUGAGGCACGCCCUAUCCCCUCGCCGCCCGCCUUGCAGGUCUGUCCUUCAGGAGGAUGGUCUUGGGCAAGGGUGGGGGCUGGGCUUGCCAUCACCUCCAGUUUGGCCUCAGAACAGUGACUCCCUGCCUAGCAGUCUGAACCCCACCCCUCCCCAUGCUGUGAGGUCGGCUCCUUGUCUCCUGAGUGGUCCCCACUGUGCAGAGUUGGGGCAGAGCCAGCAACAGCUCUGUGGGCUUGCUGUAUCUCUACAUAUAUAUGUUAUUUCGAAUUUUUUUAAUGUCUGGAAAUAGAAACAAGCAGACCCCUGUGUAUGGCAGAAA